CGUCCAACGCGUGGUUCUUUCACAUUGCCGUAAGUAGCGAAGACUAGCCCGAGUUUUUAAAGGUUCUUGGCGUUCUUUUACAUGUUUUAAUUGUAAUCCACCACUCUGCGUCUUAGACUGAAGCCGUUUGGUCUAGGGGUGGAGUGGCGCGCGUCGAGCGGCUCCCGGCAGCAGAUCUUUUGGCAGCACAUUGCGGCGGAUUCGAGGUGUGUUUGUUAGCGGAGAAAUGGCCACUGAGGUGGAGACGCUCCUACCGAACAACCCGCUGCUCAAGCAGGACGAGCAGGAGGAAUGCCAGGCCGAGAAAGACGAGGAAUUUCUGGUGACGGAGCAAAGCCUCAAACGGGUCAAAGACGAGAGCAACAGCCAGGCGAAGGAGAGCCUGGACGCUCCGACCGAAGAAGACGCCUCUAAGAAGGAGUUUACAGAAGCUCCGCCGCCCAAGGUGAACCCGUGGACGAAGAAGAUGAGCGGAGUCAACGGACAAACGCUGCACGAGCAUCCUGUGCCCGCGAAGGUCGUGAAGGCAGGAAACGCGAGAAUGAGGCGCGGCGGGAAGGUCGGGGAUUUUGGAGAUACGAACAACUGGCCGACACCUGGAGAGAUCGCCACGAAAGAAGUUCAGGUGGUGAAGAAGUCAACCGUCAAACGAGAGUCCAAAGGAAAGAGGGAAAAUGAAGAGAGUAAAGAGAACCUGAAAGCCAAAUCAGACGACUCUGGAGAAGAGAAGAACACCGAUGAGGAGUCGCAGAAAAAUGGACAAAAAAAGCGAGGAAAUAAACACAAGUGGGUUCCUCUGAUGAUCGAGGUGAAGUCCGAGGGUCCUCGUGAGCGUUCGGCCUCCAGGAAUAACACCCGUCAGUUUGACGCUCAUCGAGUUCCUCCUAACGGCAGGAACGACCUGAGAGAUUGGCACAGUGGAAAAUAUGAUCACGAGUUCAAGGAUGACCAUGAUGAGGUGUCGAGCGUCAAGAGCGAGGGAGCGCCGUACAGAAACGCUGUCAGGGGCCGCGGCCGUGGACGGGGACGGGGGCGAGGACGCGGCAGAGGAGCCGGCAGAGGUCAUUAUGACUACUACUACGGCUAUAAAGGCUUUGACGGGAAGGACGGUGCUUACGGUCAGAAGUUCAACAGCACAGUGACCUACUAUUAUGACCACAUGAGCAGCGCUGAGCUCUACGCUGUGGACCAGGACCUGCUGAAGGACUACAUCAAGAGACAGAUCGAAUACUACUUCAGUGUGGACAACCUGGAGAGGGAUUUCUUCCUGCGCAGGAAGAUGGAUCAGGAGGGUUUCCUGCCGAUCGCUCUGAUCGCGAGCUUCCACCGCGUGCAGGCGCUCACUACAGAAGUCAGCCUCAUCAUAGAGGCCCUGAAGGACAGUAAGGUGGUGGAGAUCAUCGAUAUGAAGAUGCGCUGUAAGGAGGAGCCUGAGAAAUGGCCGCUGCCUGGCCUCGCUUUGCCGGACCAUUCGCAGACAGACUUCUCUCAGUUCAUCAACUGCCCAGAGUUUGUUCCUAGGAGCGUCGUGGAGAAGACAGGUUCUCCGAGAUCCUCCACGCCGGUGCAGCACAAGAAUGAUGAUGUGAGUAACCUGAAGCUGAUGCCGAAGGGUCUGUCCGCCAGCCUGCCCGAUCUGGACUCGGAGUCGUGGAUCGAAGUGAAGAAGAGGCCCCGGCCGUCACCCGCACGACCCAAGAAGCCGGAGGAGCCGCGGACGCCGGUUCAGAGCGCCCCGACCGCGGGCGAGGACCAGGAUGAGCCGGAGGAGCUGGACUUUAUGUUCGACGAGGAGAUGGAGCAGAUGGACGGGCGACGCAACACUUUCACCGACUGGUCGGAUGAAGAUUCGGACUGUGAAAUCGACGAUCGAGACGUCAACAAGAUUCUGAUCGUCACGCAGACGCCGCCGUACCUGCGCAAGCAUCCCGGAGGAGACCGAACGGGGAACCACACCUCGCGUUCCAAACUGACCAGCGAACUGGUCAAAAUCAUUAACGACGGACUUUAUUACUACGAACAAGACCUCUGGGACGACACGUACGAGCCCGAAUAUGCCACUAUCAAGCAAGAGGUGGAGAACUUCAAGAAGGUGCACCUGAUCAGCCGAGAGCAGUUCGACUGUCUGACCCCUGAACCGCCUGUCGACCCCAACCAGGAGGUUCCUCCAGGACCCCCGAGACCCCAGCAGAUCCCCACAGAAGACUUGGCCAACAAACUGUUCGGAGCCCCCGAACCGUCGGCUAUCGCUCGCUCUCUUCCGACUACAGUGCCUGACUCGCCCAACUACCGCAGUGCCCGCACGCCCCGCACGCCUCGCACCCCGCGCCUCAAAGACCCCACGCAGACGCCCCGCUUCUACCCCGUGGUGAAGGAAGGACGACCGCUGGAUGCCAAAACUCCUCGCAAGAGAAAGACGCGACACAGCUCCAAUCCGCCCAUGGAGUGUCACGUGGGCUGGGUGAUGGACUCCAGAGAGCACCGCUCCCGCACCGCCUCCGUCAGUUCGAACGCGAGUCCGUCUGAAGGCACCACGGCGAUGAGUAAUUUCGGCUGCACUCCUCAGUCUCUUCCCAAGUUCCAGCACCCGUCGCACGAGUUACUGAAGGAGAACGGAUUCACGCAACACGUUUACCACAAGUACCGGCGACGCUGCCUCAACGAGCGUAAGCGGCUCGGCAUCGGCCAGUCUCAGGAAAUGAACACGCUGUUCCGCUUCUGGUCCUUCUUCUUGCGAGAUCACUUCAACAGAAAGAUGUACGAGGAAUUCAGACAGCUGGUGGUGGAGGACGGGAAGGAAGGCUACAGGUACGGUCUGGAGUGUCUCUUCAGGUUCUACAGCUACGGACUUGAGAGGAAGUUCAGGCCGGACAUAUUUAAGGACUUUCAAGAGGAAACCGUUAAAGACUAUGAAGCAGGCCAGCUGUAUGGACUCGAGAAGUUUUGGGCCUUUCUGAAAUACUCUAAAACAAAGAACAUGGAGAUCGACCCCAAGCUGCAGGAGUAUUUAAGAAAGUUCAAGCGUCUGGAGGACUUCAGGGUGGACGUGAGUGCAUUUGAGCCCCCCAUGGAGGAAGGCGGGCGCAAGAGGCACCCUUCCAGCGGCGACGGGCGUCGCCGUCAUCCUUCCCAGCCGUCUAGCCGAACCCAGACGCAGGCCGCUUCAGGCUCCGCCCCUCCCGCAGGAGCCCCUCCCACCAGAGAUGAUGCCAAACCCCCGAGCCAGCGAGCAGCUGCGCAGGACGCCAAGCCGCCCAAAUGAGCGCCAGACCCGUCCGUCGGCGGAUCGGACCGGCCGCACAAGCAUGACACAACGGCUCACGAUCGUCAAAUCAAGGCUCUUCCACCUUCUCCUCGUUCACAACAUCCGUGCGUCAGAAACGGACAGCAGAGGGCAUGAGAAAUUCUUCCAUUCUUUGUUUUAUUAAAGACUUUGAAGUUUUAUUCCUCUUGUAUCAUUGGGGUACAAAAAGGCUUUUGUUGAAUCUUUCUGCUUUAUAUCCUCCAGUAGAGUCACUGUUUUAUUUGGCCGAACGACGCGUGAUUCCACCCUGAUCUUUUUUUUUUUGUUUUGUUUUUUUUUUCUUGUAGAGCGUAAGGAUUGCGUUGAAGGAUAAGAUUGCUCUUGACUAGAGUAGGUACUGGAUGAGACAAACACUUCACUGAGAAAAUCAUGCAAAUGCUCUAGAUCUGCAGCCGUUUGAGUGAGAUGAUUUUACGUUAGCAGUUUUUCGGGGCUAGUCUCGCUGCGUUUGAUAGCAGAUCACUUCCAGGGGUCGCGCCGUAAGCUUGGGCAUCACUGUGACACUAACAUCCCGCUUGCCAAAUCCUCUCGUUUUCUUCCACGUGUCACGGUCUGUUACAGAAGACGCCGACGACGCCUCUUUUAGCUUCGGCGACCCGCGGUCAGUUGCGUUCACGGACCAAUCGUUUCUCAGCGAGGACGGGAAGCGUCGGACCGACCGGUCCGCUCCCGUCGCUCGCUCACCGGCAGAUUUCCUAGAUCUAGUGCGAGUUUGUCCCCGGCCGAGCGGGAAUCAUUAUCAGAGUGUUAAUCCCUAGUGUACAUAUGAAUUCAAGAAAUUAAGAGACAUUACACCACCUGGCUGUACGUGUCAUUUAUUGUUUAUAGAGAUAUAUUUGCCUUACGUGUUCAUCUUUUUUUUUUUUUUUUUUUUUUUUUUUUUUUUUUUUUUAUUAUGCUCGCCCGAACGCGCCUGAGCUUCCACGCUCGAGCUCGACGUCGUUCCGGGUUCGUUUUAGUAUCACUUCUUGAUUUUCUCCAUAUGAACAGCAGGACGGUCUGACUAAAGGGAAACUGACCUCAGGGUUUCAACUGGAAUCAUGUGAAGAAAGACAAACCUUCUGAGGAUCGCGAGCGACGCGUCUGAAAACUUUGCCGACUGCUUUUGGAUCAUAAGCAAUAUUUGAGUCGCUGACCUAAUUUAUGGAUUUUCACAUGAGUUUGGCUGCCAUAUGAACAUCCACCUGUUUGUUUGCUCAAUUGUCUUGAGUUGUUUUGGUUUCGAUCCAUCUCCCUCUAGUGAAUUUAAUUUCGUAUUAACUUGCCACAUUUAGCGGUUCCCCUCUCCUGCUUUCCCUUGGUAGGCCUCUUCAUUCAGAGUAGCUGUGGUCAAAUCUUGAUGAGGAAAAUCUUGUGAUCACCGAUGUAAUUAAAAAGCUUUUAUUCAACUAAACAGUGUGGGGAAAAACCUCUCGUCCGUACAAGUUCAUGCUGGAGCAUCUUCAGAGGUCAGGGAGCAGAUGAAAUCAUUCAUAAAGCCAUAUAAAUAGCUGUAUGCAUUUAUUAAAAAUGUUAAUACAUUAGCACCAUCACACACACACACAUAUAUAAAUAUAUAUAUAUAUAUUCGGCUAUUGAGAGAAGAACGAUGGAACUGUAAAAUACUUGAAAUCUUGUAUCAUAACACUUCAUCUGAAUUAUAGGCAGAUGUGAUUGCUAUUAGUGUGAUUUGUAAUUUGUAGUAUUUUUUUUUUUUUCCCUUUAAUAAUGAAAACAAAAAAAAAAAAUUAAAAAGGUCAAAAACCUUAAAGCAGCUGUUGAACUUUUCUAUGAACCAGACGAGCUACCUGGAGAUUUCCACUUUCAUUGGUGCUUUUUUUUUAGUGAGUCGAAACCGCAAAUGUUUAGUGUCUCUUUCUGAACCCAGAGAGAGCAGAUUCGCUCAGGCGUUCGACUGACGCUGAUGCACAUGAACAUCUGCUCAGUUAGCCUGUCCAAAUGCCCACACUUGCAGGUUUUGCACUUGACCACUUGUCUACUUACAUGACGUAUUUACCAGGGUUCUAUGGUAGGUGCUUGAAUUUGACUGGAAAACCCUUGAAAAUGGCAAUAUUCCUGAAGAGGUACUUGAAAAGUGCUGAAAUUAUUUAAAGACAAUGUAUCUAUAAAAUAAGUGUUUAAUUUUUCUCAACAAGCACAUAUCUUUUUACCAAAAUUCACAAAAUUAAAGUCUUUUUUUGUUUUGAAUUAAUGUCAUAAAACUAUCAAGCAAAGUUAGUCAAAUGAGUUUCGCGAAUCGUUUGACUUGGAUCUGAACUUCAGGGUGGGUUCUUGAAUCAUUCCAUGAAUCAUUCCGGAAUCUGCUCUCCACAUUCUGAUCUGAAAUUUUAGUUUGCGGAUUAUUUGAUUAAAUUCGGAGCACACAUUUUAUGGAGCGGUUUCACAAAUCUUUUUUUAACUUUUGUUUUUGUAAACUGUGGAAAGCGUCAGUAACUACACAAUAAGUGAGAUCUCUGAUUGAAGUCCUUGAAAAGCAGUGUUUGAAAAGUCCUGGUAUUUCGUUUUGCAGUACCUGUACGAACCCUGAUUUAUGGUAUUUGGCCCAAGUGUUCAAGUGAGCAUGAAGACCACAACUGUGUGUAAAAGUUGUCAUUACCUUAUGGGACACACUAAUAUGUUACAUGUCAAAUGGAAGUGUUUACAGAGCUUUAUUUUGAUUUUUAAUACUUUGUCAUUUAAAAUAAACUUUUUUUAAAAUGUCAAAGUGAUAAAAAGCUGUUGCAAAAAUUGCACAAAAUGCACAUUUUCUUUUACUAAAUGACAUGCAAUAUCUCAUUAUUGCUAAUAUUCAGCUUACACUAGCAAAAAAUGUUUCAGAAAAUUUUCAAAGAACAUUAUGGGAUAUGCUUAGAAUCAAAUACUGCUCCAGAUUUAAUGUGCAUUCAGGGCUUUUUGAAGACCUGGGAAAGUCUCUCUCAAAUGGCCAAGACUGCAAGUGUGGGUAUUUGGACAGGCCCAGUGCUGUUGGGAUAUGCAUUAGUGGUUUUGGGGACCCCCUGAUCUGACACAGUUCAGUACAUGGAUGUCUCUCCUAAUGAGCUGACGAUGUGAAUCAGGUGUGGUAAAUAAAGGAGACACACAAAAUGUGCAGAGCAGUGAGUCCCCAGGAACAGGAUAAAAAAAACCACUGUUAUCAUCUUAUUUUCUCAAUAUCAGUUGUGGCCCAUACCAUCAGCCUUAUAAAUGCACUGCUCAAGCAUAUUGCAGAUGAGCUGCAGACUCUUCUGCCUGGAGAUUUGAAGAGGACUUGAAUAUCCUCAAGAACAACUUAAGCAGCUUAUGCUGGGUACACACUAAAAGAUUUUUUUUAAAAGAUCUUAAAUGUGAGGGACCACAAACAUGAGGACAAAAAAUCCUAGAUUUAAUCGUGCUCCUAUAGUGUGUGUUGUGCCUCGGGGUUGAUUUGGGAUUGGGCUGCCUCCGAUGUUCUUCUGAGCAGAUUCAGUCACUCUUAACACCUCACACCACAGGAAAAUUUAAUAAGAUAGUCUGUAGAACCACCAAGGUAAUCGGGACAUUAACUAGGACUGUCAGAAGGGUUCCCACGGGUCCUUGAAAUCCUUGAAAGUUUGUGAAUCUGAAAAAACAGUUUCAAGGACCUGGAAAGUUUUGGGAAAUAAACAUACAUAGAUACAGGUCCUUGAAAGUGCUUGAAUUUGCUUUGAGCAAGAAGUUUGCUGAAAAACAUUCCAUAUUAUUCCCUCUGGUCUGCUAAUGUGUUAUUUCGCCAACACAUCGUGCCCUAUGCAAUCUAGCUUGCUUGAUUUAUGUUGGUGACCAUACGUCCUCUUUUCCCCGGACAUGUUGGACAUGUCUGUUUGGACCUAAAAAAUGCAUCAGGCCGGGAUUUAUAAAUCACCCAAAAUGUCCGGGUUUUCUUGAUCCUGCUCCCGCUGAAUUUUGGGUCAUUAUCGCCUGCUCAUGCAGUCAUUCUAAUAUUGAAUAUAAUUUUCGCGCAUCAAGGAGCCGCUGUUCUAUGCAGAAGUGUGAUUUGUCAGUCACUUUUUUUUUUUUUUUUGCAUAGAAUUGGGCUGAUUUUAAACUGUUGAAAAGGGUUGGUUUUCUCCUGUGGGUUAAGUGUUUGAAAUAUUGCAUAAAAUACUUUUGACUGAAAUGCUUGUAUUUAAAAACAUUUUGCAUUCUACCUGUGAUAAACUGCAAGAUGUGAAGUUUUGUGACGGCCACUGGUAGGAAGCCUUUUAGCUGUGUUUUAUCAUCAAUCUGGACAAGGAUGACCUAAAAUGUACAUUUUAGGUAUGGAAAUGAAGUAUUUUGAGUUUUGAUAUGG